AAACAUACAACACAAGCAACUGGUUAAAACGAUUCAGUCGCAGCACAUAUAAGAAGGCUUCAUAAGGAGAGCCCUGGCGGCCUUCUUUUCCUACGACGACAUCUUCAGACAAAGAACAGUGCAGCCGUGAAAUACGCAAAUAAAAAAGCAACCACAGAGGCACUGCUCCAGGGCACCAUCUACACGCCGCAACGUCAUUUAUGCCCUAGAGAAGCCUCAAGUCGAGCCCUUGUGUUGCGUUUCUCGCUUUUGCUGGAUAAAUACUUUUCCACGCUACCAACAAAGACGAAAAUAGAGCAAGAGGAAGGGGAAGCUGCAUCAGAACCAUGACGAUCAAGCCAGUAAGCGCACCCAGCGCGAAACGCGUGGUUGGCAACGUCGUGGAUGCGGACAACAAGGAAGCACACGCAACCGGACAGGUGGCGGUCGAGCAGUCAGUGGUUAAUCAAACGCAUCGCAAUGUCGUCAUCGAUGGUCACGGCCAGAGUCCUCAGAGGCGCGGCGAGGUCUACGACGAUUUGGCACGCACUCACCGCUGCAGCCCACACAAAAGCAGCGCACGUUCGAAGCGUCGCGAACACCACGACAGUCAUGCGCAUCAUCACAAGCGCGACCGCUUGGAGCGCGAAAAACUCAUCCAUCCGGCCGUGGCGACGGGCAGCGUGCCUGGUGUGACUAGCAGCAAAUGCACCAGUCCUCCUCUAGCCACAGCGUCUGGCAGCAGCAGCCCAUCAGCAGUGGGUCGCAAGUCGCCUGAACAUCUAAGCUUGGGAUGUGCCAAUGUGCCCACGACGCUGGGCCAGAUUCCGCCAACCACUGCGGCGGCUAAUCUAACGAAGAUAGCGGAGGAUACCUUUUCCGGUUACAACAGCGGUGACGAGCAUCUGCAGCCAAAGGAGCGCAAGAUUCCAGUGGAGGAGUGGAAACGUCGCGAUCUGGAGUUCGCCAAAUGCAUGGCAGAGAACGGCUACGAACUAAAGCCCGUCGAGGAGGACGGGGCAUGCCUCUUUCGGUCCAUCUCGCUUCAGAUAUACGGGGAUGAGGGAAUGCACGAUGUGAUUCGGCAGCAUACCAUGGAUUAUAUUCAAGAGAACCGCGAGUACUUUGGGCAGUUUGUCACCGAGGACAUCAGCAGCUAUAUCCAGCGCAAGCGGGCUCGCGAUGCUCACGGCAAUCACAUCGAGAUCCAGGCCAUAUCGGAGAUCUAUAGUCGCACCGUCGAAGUGUACUGCUAUCAGGCUACCCCAAUCAAUAUCUUCAACUCUGAGCAAUCGCAGGCUGGCUAUCCCCCGCUCCGCUUAUCGUAUCAGCGUGGCUCUCACUACAAUGCCAUCUUGGACCCCUACAAUGCCUCCGUUGGCGUUGGCCUGGGCUUGGCUGGCUACAAGCCCCAGGUUCAAACUAAAGAGGCUUUGCAUCUCAGUGAGCAGCUGGAGAUCGAGCAGACGAUGUUCGAGGACAAGCUGAAGACCACAGAUUGGGAGGCCACCAACGAGGCCAUUGAGGAGCAGAUUGCACGCGAGUCCUACUUGCAGUGGUGUCGCGACAACAUGCAACGAUCGCGCAGCAGCAACACAGCCGGCGGCUCGGCCACAUCCUCGACAGUUACUUCGGCAGAGGCUCUCACAGACUCGGACGCCUCGCCCUCCAAGUACUCGUGUGGCGGCACUAGCAGCAACGGUGAAAUCGCGGCCGCAACUCUGGCUAGCGUUAGCGGUGCUGCCGGCACAUCCACAAUGUUUUCGAUGUCGCCCAAAACACUCACCCAGUUUGGGCACAAGCUGCCGCCAGACGUCGGUGACCUGGGCGGCUAUGAAAGCGACGCCACAGACAUGAGCAGCACCAGCUCGGUGGGGCACUGCGGUGGCAACGCCUCCCCAAGCACUGCAGCCGCCCAGCGGUCUAGCAAAGCCUCCAAGUCACAGCGCCGCACUACACUGCGCAAGAAGCGCCGCCACGAAACUCGUGAGGGAUCGAUUUCUGGCAAUAGUACUGAGGCUAUUGACGCACCGGUACGCAAAAGUCCCAAGCGCGAUCCUGUUCCACCUGCAGCUCGUGCCAUCACCCCAGAGGCUGAUCAGCAGCCGUGCACAUCGAAGCAGUCGUCACACUCGCCGCAAAAGCGAUUGGAUGCUCCGUCGUCGAACAUCUACCAGGAACUACUCGAGGCUUCCCUUGCCAAUGAUGGGCUCAACGAGAGCGAGAUGCUUCAGCGGGCCAUUCAAAUGUCGACAAGUGAUUAUAUAAAAGACCAGAAGCGAAAGUAUCUCUGCGGGCCAUAGGAGAUGGACGGACAACAGCCGCCACGCGUCGUUCUUUGUACAGUGAUUUAAGAGUUCUUUUCGCAACGAAAACGAAACACAAAACCUACCAAAAACCAAACGCAGCAAAUAUCUACGAUCUGAAAUCUUUGAUGAAUUCAUGAAUUUAUUGGACAGGAAAUCGGGGCAUGCCCCUUUUUUCAAUCGCAUACACUAUACUCUAUAUACGUAUGUAUAGAUUAAAGUUUUAUUUUUUUUAAAGAAACCCCAAUACAAUGCAAAAUCAUUCAUCAUCGAA